AUUUUUUCAGGUCUUUCAGACUUUGCACCGUAUUUCCAUGAAAAUGGGAACAUGGCACUGUUUAGCAUCUCUGAAGACACUCCAGUCGGGUCUCAGGUGUUCACUCUGAAUGGGACCGACCCAGAGGGAGACGAGGUCAGGUACGAUAUCAGCUUUGAAAACGGCUCUAAAGAGUAUUUCCAGGUCGAGCCCAAGUCAGGACAGGUCACUGUGAUCCAGGAACUGGACCGAGAGGUUGAAAAUGAAAUUGUGGUGUUGGUCAGUAUCACUGAUGGCAGGAAUAAGGUGGUAGAAAAAGUGCGUGUGUUCGUCUCAGAUGCUAACGAUGAAAGGCCUGAGUUUCUUGGGCUGCCCUACAUUGUCAACGUCCCUGAGGACACGGAGGCGGGACGCAGCAUUUUUAAAGUUCGAGCUGUGGAUAAAGACCUUGGCUCUGGAGGAAGUGUGACAUAUUUCCUGCAGACGUCUCCCAAAACUAAGUUCACCAUCGAUGGUCACAGUGGCGUCCUGCGUAUCAAAGCGGGUGAAUCUCUCGACUACGAGACGUCCAGCACACACUUCAUCACUGUGGUCGCCAAGGAUGGUGGGGGUAAAUAUAACGGGAGACACCAGGUGAUGACAUCAUCAGCCACCAUCACCAUUAACGUCCUCGAUGCCCAGGACUCGCCUCCCAGUUUUGUGGGAACGCCGUAUUUUGGAUACGUUUAUGAAGUAUCAGAGCCUGGUUCAGAGAUUUUCACCGUGACGGCGAGAGACGGAGAUCAGAUCAACCCUCGUCCUAUCAUCUACUCUCUCGUAAACGGAAGCGAUGGCUCCUUCAGCAUCAACAGCUCCAGCGGUUCCAUCAUUCUGAUGUCAUUCCCCGUCCAGCUGAAAAACGAGUUAUAUGAGCUGAAAGUGAAGGCCUCGGAGGUGGGGCCCCAGAACGAGCUGCUGGACUGGGCCGUGACGCUGGUGACUGUCCGUGUGGUGGAUCUGAACAACCAUCCGCCCACGUUCUACGGCGAGAGCGGAAAGCAGGACAGAUUUGAGCUGACUAUGUAUGAACAUCCUCCUGAGGGAGAAAUCCUGAAAGGGCUAAAGAUCACCGUCAACGAUUCUGACCAGGGAGCAAAUGCUAAAUUCAGACUCAGACUGGUUGGACCUGGGCGUGUUCUCCGUGUCGUUCCUCAAACCGUUCUCAACGAAGCACAAGUCACCAUCAUCGUAGAGAACUCAAGUGCCAUCGACUAUGAGAAACACUCCUUCUUAACAUUCAAGUUGUUAGCAGUAGAAAUCGACACUCCGGAGCGUUUCAGUGCCACAGCUGACAUCAUAAUCCACCUUCGGGACGUAAACGACAACGUUCCCAGGUUUUCCUCUGAGUUCUACGUUGCCAGGAUCCCGGAGAACUCGCCUGGAGGCUCCGCCGUCACGUCUGUCACUGCGUUGGAUCCUGACUCAGGGCUUUGGGGAGAAGUGAAAUAUUCCAUCUACGGCUCAGGAUCUGAUCUAUUCCUCAUCCACCCCACCUCAGGGAUCAUCUACACUCAGCCUUGGGCAUCUCUGGACACAGAGGUGAAGUCAAAGUAUAAUUUCUACUUGAAGGCAGAAGACAGUGAGGGGAAGUACAGCUUGGCCGAGGUGUUCGUCACGGUUCUAGAUCAGAACGAUCAUUCUCCAGAGUUUAACCAGAACUUCCUGGAGAAGACCAUGAUCCUCGGAGCUUCUGUGAAGAUAGAGGCAGUGGAUGAUGAUGCGGAGGAACCCAACAACGUGAUCGAGUAUUCCAUCAUGAACGCCGAGCCAAAGAAUGUUUUUGACAUCAACAGCAGCACGGGCGAGAUCAAGCUCAAGCCGUUCAUCAAGUCCAUGGAGACAGUGCAGAACAUCACUGGACAGCAUGACUGCAAGUGGUCAGUGGUGGUCCAGGCACGAGAUCGAGGUUCUCCAUCGUUCAUGACCACCACUUUGGUCCAGCUAAAAAUCACUGAAGCAAAUCAUCUCUCUGGCCCUGUGACAGCUUUUUUAAUGCAGAGCAGAGACAAUCCAGUAAAGGCUUUGGGCUUGGCUGCUGGGGUCAUUAGUGUGAUGGUGAUGGUCACUGUGGUGAUCUCCACAGCGAUGUACCUGCGCAACACAAAGUCUAACAGGAUCGGGCCUUCCCACCGUAUCAUCCGCCGCCGACGUGGAGAACCCCAGCACUGGAACUUCACUCUCGAGAACUCAAAGAGCCCCAACAGGUCCCUUGCUGGUCAUGAUGUGGAGAGCAACAUGAAGAGCGACAGAUCAUGGUCUAAACCUCCACCACCGUGUGCACCACUCCUGCCUCCACCUCCACCAAGUAACAACCCCAAGAUGAGCAAGCAGCACAAUGCUGUGCCAACUGUCUCAGGAUCCCUAAGCUCGUGGAGCUCCAACGAGAGAUCCGGCAGCAGCAGAGAUACAGAAGAUCAGUCGAGUAAGAGGAGAGAGGGGACUGUCAGCUCAGCACUGGUCUCAGAGCUGAAGAAAAGGCUGGAGCAAAAGAUCAUCGAGGCUAAUCAGGGCUACUACUGCUGAAAACACUGGCUUAGCAAACAUGCUAGCGUAGAUCCUCACUGCCAAAGCUAUCAGAUUAGCAUAGAUCACUCUGCUAUCUCAGAAAAAAACAUAAGCACGAGAUUGCAGUCAGUAAACGCAACUUGAGGGCGGCAGUAGGUCCGAGUUAAUAUUCUGCUUCUGCUUUUUAUAAACAAUGCACAAAGAAAUAUUGAAAUGCUAAUACUUCUGCUAUGGCUAAUAAUAAUUAGGUGUAUAAAAAUAAAAGGUGAGAGGCAUGUAAAUAGUGCUGAGGCGAACGGUUCUGGUUUCAGAUUUCACUAGUUAAAGAUGCUCCAUAUAAAGGAAGAAGCAACUAGAAUUAAAGAGAUUUAAUGUAUCAUUUAUCGUAGUUUAUAAUGCUUUAGGUGCUCCAGAGUUUCUUCACUCUACUCUGACUCUUAAACUCUGCUGAGCUAAACCCAUCACUAACAUCCGCAGGAACAAUGAAGACAUGUACAAAGAAAAGAUAGAGUCAGAAUUUUUCACUUUCAUGGUUCUUUUUUUUGUGACACAAAUUUUCCCUCUUUUGGUGUCUGAACUUUAUUUCUCCCUACCUUCCCACAGAAGUGUUGCUUGUAGUUUGUUUCUUGUGGGCGUCGCCUGUCCGGCAUUAGGUCUGAUGUCAUUCGAUAGCUAUGUGUAUCUUUGUCUAAUGUCUUUAUACAGAUUUAAUCCAAGGAAUCGUUCAGGCUAAUCGUCUGUUAGCGUGAAUGUAGGAUUAGUGUUGCACUCCAGCUAGGAAGUUAAUGUAGCUAAGAAGUAAUGUGUAAAAUUUUCUUUAAAGUUUCUGCCUCAAACCACGCCCACUAAACAAUUUUCUGGAAUUGCGUAACUACUUAUUUGGUAGCAUGACUCCACCCCUAGCCCCACCCCCUCCAGGCUUGAAGGCAGAAUUGUAGCAGAGGGUUAAAUAUGUAAAUACGAUGUACACUAUAGUUACUGUGUGAGAAAAAUAUUUAAAAAUAAGAAAACAGUCAUUUACGAAAGAUUAAUGGACAUCAGACACCGAGCACCAAUCAGACAUGAGACACCAGACAUGAGACAUUAGACAACAGACCCAAGACACCAAACACCAGACACCAGAUAUCAGACACCAGACAUGAGACAUUAGACAACAGACACUAGGCAUCAGACAGUAGACAUGAGAUAUCAGACACCAGACAUCAGACACCAGACAAGAGACAUAAGACAUCAAAUACCAGACUUGAUACAUCAGAUACAAGACACAUCUUUACUUUUCUUUUCUUUACUUUUCUUUUCUUUUUUUUCUAUACCUUUCUUUAUAUAUACUAGUUUCCUCCCCUGAGUAGGAUUUUGUACUCAACAGUUGGAGUUGUU